UGUGUUUCCAAUAAUCGUGUUAUCUCGGUCUUGCGCACGAUUUGUACUUAAGCAUGCAACAAAAAUAAUAGGCAUUUAAUGGAAAAGAGUGUCAAUAGCCAACAAAAAGCUACAAAUCGACGACAGUUGAAAGAAAAACACAAAAUUUUGCGAGCAAAUUUCAGAAAUUAAUAGAAAAAGAAUAUUUGCAAGCGAAACGGAGCUUGGGCAGUUGGGUGCAUAAGGCCAUCUGAAACGCAAAAGAAAUAUCUUAACCCAUCGUGAAAUAGUUGAAGAAAAAAAACGCAACACACACUUGUCAAUUGGCAAAGCUGUCACUGUAGUCCGUAGCAUUCGUACACACACAGCCGUGAGCAUGCCUGGAGUGGCAGUGCAGAUAAUAAACACAUCGGAGGAGCACACCUUCGUGCUGAACGAAGAUGCGUUAAGCGAAGUGCUGAUGCGUGACGAGGUGAAGGAUCGCUUCGUUUGUGUCGUAUCGGUGGCUGGCGCAUUUCGAAAAGGCAAAAGUUUUCUACUCGACUUUUUCCUGCGCUACUUAUACUCCAAAUAUGUGCGCCAUGAUGUGGUAACCGAUUGGCUAGGCGAUGAUCACGAACCGCUCACAGGCUUCUCGUGGCGCGGUGGUUCCGAACGUGACACCACAGGUAUUUUAAUGUGGUCCGAAAUAUUCCUGCAUGACUACCCAAACGGUGAUAAGGUGGCCAUCAUUUUGCUCGACACGCAGGGUGCAUUCGAUAGUCAAAGUACAGUGCGCGAUUGUGCUACCGUUUUUGCGCUCAGCACAAUGGUCUCCUCCGUUCAGAUAUAUAAUUUGUCACAAAACAUACAGGAAGACGAUCUGCAGCAUUUGCAGUUGUUCACUGAAUAUGGCCGUUUAGCAUUGGCCGACACCGGCAAAAAGCCGUUUCAACGUCUACAGUUUCUGGUGCGCGAUUGGAGUUUUCCAUAUGAAGCUGAGUAUGGGGCUUUAGGUGGCGAUAAGAUACUAAAGCGCCGCCUAGAAGUGUCAGACAAACAGCACCCGGAAUUGCAGUCGUUGCGACGACAUAUUGCCUCCUGUUUCAUGGAAGUGGCAUGUUUCUUAAUGCCACAUCCAGGCUUAAGCGUUGCAACUAAUCCCAAAUUUGAUGGUCGUCUCAAGGAUAUAACGCCCGAAUUCAAACAAAGUUUGCGCACAUUUGUGCCAAUGCUACUGUCACCAGACAAUCUGGUAUAUAAAGAAAUUAGCGGCCAACGGGUGCGUGCACGCGACCUCAUACAGUACUUCCAGUCAUACAUGAGCAUCUACAAAGGUAAUGAGUUGCCCGAGCCGAAGAGCAUGCUAGUGGCCACCGCUGAGGCUAAUCACUUGACAGCCGUAGCAUCAGCGAAGGAACUUUACAAUCAGUUGAUGGAGGAGGUUUGUGGCGGUACUAAGCCGUACUUAAGCACAGCACAUCUGGAUGCAGAACAUUUCCGAAUCAAGGAUCAGGCAUUAUUCCAAUUCGCAUCUAAACGAAAAAUGGGAGGUGAAGAGUUCUCCGAGAAAUUCCGUCAACAGUUGGAUGUGGAUCUGGAAGAUUCUUAUGCCACUUACAAAUCGCACAAUGAGAGCAAAAACAUUUUCAAGGCUGCACGCACGCCGGCCGUGUAUUUCGCCGCAGCAGUGAUCUGUUAUGUACUAAGUGGAAUAUUUGGUCUAGUAGGGCUCUACACAUUUGCCAAUUUCUGUAAUCUAGUAAUGGGUGUGGCUUUAUUAACAUUAGCGCUGUGGGCUUAUAUUAGGUACAGCGGUGAAAUGGGUGACUUUGGUGUCAAAUUGGAUGACUUUGCGACGUUUAUGUGGGAUAAUUUCAUGAAACCCAUAUAUCAGGGCUGCAUGGAGAAGGGUAUACAACAUGUGGCAACGCAUGCUGCCGAAGCGGCAGUUGGUGGACGCACAGCAUCUACGGCAAUGAAUGGUAAGGUGAAGAAGUCAUGAGAUUACGCCAAAAGAUCUCACCAGCAACAGCAGCAGCAGCAAAAACAACAACAAACUCAACCAAAUUCUAAAGGGAAAAUAGCAACAACGAAAAUAAACAACAAUAACAAUGUGGCACAACAGAAAGGUACAAGAGCAGCAACAACUGUGCCACAAGGUGGUGGUGGCAAUAUUGGCGAGAGGGCCGACAAAACUGUGAUCAUGCAAAUUUGGUCACGUUUAGUGGGUACGACGUCGAGUUCGCAAACUAAUUUUGCUCAAACUCCCAACACUGCAGCACGUCAAUACGCUACCGUCACACCGCCGAAUGGUGAUGCCAACAGCAAUGCAAGCAACACAACAAAUCCAAAUAGCGCGGCUAGCAAUCGCAAAAAGCGAAGACCCAAGAAGUAAAUGUAUUGUACAUAGAAAAAAAAGUUUGCCCAACGCCCGUAAAAAUGUUUGUUAGCUACAAAUGCAAAUACUGAACGCAAAAUUUAGUAACUAUACAUAGCUGCAAUCUUAUUAUGCAAUUCCGUAAGUUGGAAAUGGAAAUAUUUUAAACUCGGAUAAUUUAUGUACAGUCUUACUCUUCGGCCAAUUGUAGAAUUUUGUCUUAGAUUAAGCAGUUGCAUGUAAGAGCGAACGUUUGCCCAGCAUUUACCCUAUUCGCUAAAUAUUUAUAUACCUUAUAAUAUGGUCCACUAGCAACACUGUUUAAAAAACAAAAAAAAAAACAUUGACCGUGAUGGUUACUGUUGUUGUUAUACGAUAAUAUAAUGGUGUUUGUUAUUAUUAUUUCGAUAAUUGUAUUGUUUUCAGUGCUGCCUUGAAAAACUAAAUGAAUAAAAUUUGAAAUCCUUAGAAAUCAUUACAAAAAUAGUCGUCUAUACCAUUCACAGAUUGUAAGUUUUAGGCAUUGUGCGGUUGUUAAAAAAUGCGAUCUGCCGAUGCAUACAUAUAUAUGUAGACAUAAUUGAGUUUUGAAAUAUUCUCAUUUCUCCUUGUUACUGAGCAACACAUUUUACUAAACUAUCAAAAUGCCUAUUCUAAUUUGAGCUCGCCAACAAUGCUGCAGGGUAUGCUUGAAUAGAAACCAUGUUGAAGUUGUUGGUGGAAUCCAGCUUUAUUUUUAUACCCUUGAAAGACCCCUCAAGAAAAAAAGGUCUUAUUAGAAAAAAUAAGAAGCAACGUGUCAUUUGUGUAUGAAAAGAAUUUAUAGAAUUUCCGCAUCACUGUUAAUUUUUUGAUUUAUGUUUGUUUUUCUUUGUUUUCUAUUGUUUGUGUUUGUUUAUCCACCUGCCUGCAUAUUUACGUAAUAUUAAUAAUAAUGGUAAUAAUUAAUUUGUUAAUAACUACAAUAAUAUUAAUGUUGCAUACUCGUACCAUUUCUUUUAUACAAUUCGUCUUCUAUAACUUUGUAAGAAUUAUUUGGUUAAGGUAUUAAAUGCAGUGAAUAUAUAUGUAUACAUACAGAAUACAGCAAUUGGAAAUUUUAAUUUUUGAGAUUAAAAAAUGAAAAACAAAGUCAAUAAAAGUGAGAAGAUAUGAAGUUUCUCUGA